AUGGAGGAGGGCGCAACGGCGGCGGCCUACCUUCCCGACGACGUCGUCGUCGACAUCCUCGCGCGGCUGCCGGCCAAGUCACUCUGCCGCUUCAAGUGCGUCUCCCGGCGCUGGCGCGCCCUCAUCUCCGAGAGGUGUUCUUCCGCGCAGACCCUGUCGGGCUUCUUCUUCACCUCCCGCGCCCCCGCCUGGCGCUUCACCGGCCUGCCGUCGUCGUCCGUUACUCCUCCUCCAGGUGGAGCCGGUGGCCUGCCUCCGGUGGUGGACGCGGCUCUCUCCUUCCUCCCCCCAAGCUGCGUGGAGCGGGAGAUCGAGAUGCUGGACUCGUGCAACGGGCUCCUCCUCCUGCUCUGCUCGGACGAGUGCCCGUGCCGUCCCCCGCCGGCAUUCUACGUCGUCUGCAACCCCGCCACCGGCGAGUGGGUGGCCUUGCCGCAACCCAAGUACACCCCCGGGGACCAAACCUGGUGCUGGGAUUUCGAGGGGGAUCGCGUGAUCACCUGGUACGCUGCGGUAGGCUUCGAUCCGGCCAUCUCCUCGCAUUUCUACGUGUUCCAGGUGGUGGAGGCGGAAUACAACACGCAUCAUUGCCUUGAGGCGGUGGAGAUCUACUCAUCGGAAACUGGCACAUGGGUUCUCAGCAAAAAGGGACGGGAUGAUGGAGGCUUCAACUUCAUGUACCACAUGACCUACUUCAAUGGCUCCCUACACCUUACCACCGACUCCGACGCAGUCGCGUCGGUGGACGCCAAGGGUCGGCCAUGGAGGAUCACCCACGUGCUGGGCCGUGAGGGUGCGGACGAUCAUCGCCGCUGUGGACGCCGUGGUUACAUUGGCCAUUCUCGAGGGCGCUUGCUUUACCUCGACGACGUCCGCAAGGAUGAUGUCAUGUCGAUCUACGUUCUUGAGGAUGAGGACAGCGGGGAGUGGACCCUUAUGCGCCGUGUUAGCAAGAAGGAUCUCCUUUUUGAGCCGUGGAAGCACGUGCUGAAACCAACCUACUACAAAGCUGGAUUUCAUCCGAACGGCGAUUUGAUUUUCUUCUACGACCGGACACGGGCGAGGCUCAUCUCCUAUGAUUGGAGUCGCGGAGAUUGGCAUGUUGUCUGCACCCUCACAGACUUCGAGCAUGCCCAUCGCGCAUUUUUCCCAUAUGUUCCAUGGUACUCGGGGGGAUUGGCAUCACCAAAUAGCAACUAG